CGAACCCGCUGGACUUGCACCCUAGUGAAACCCCAAGAGACCUGAAGGCUAAAACCCAGAUCCCCAGAAAAACCCCAAGCUCCCAAAACCACUGUCCCAGAGAUGGCCGCCGCAGCAGCCAGGUCCGUUUUCCGCUCCACCGCCGCCCGAAGCGCGGCGGCGAGACUCACCGGAGGAGUCAAGUCCAAACCAAAACGCACUUUCUCCUCCUUGGGCAUCUCCAACCAGAAGCCACUAUCUCGCCGCAUUUUCAGGUCUCCUGUUGAGAUGAGCUUCUGUGUUGAAUCAAUGCUUCCAUUUCACGCAGCCACCGCUUCCGCAUUGCUCAAUUCCAUGCUCUCCGUCUCCCGCCGCUCUUACGGCUGGACUCCUGAAGGGAAAGACAAGACUAGAUGAAGAUCAAGCAACCCAAGAUGGAGUCACAGGAAUUCAUUUUUUUUCAUUUGAGUUUUGAAAGUGUUGGUGAAUGUUGUCUUCUGUAGAUUUGCAAGAAGUUUUCUUUCUAAAAUUGAAGAAAAGAGAUGAAUAGUUCAAAAGUAUUUGAUGAUUUUACGGAGUUAGAGCAUCUACUAAAAUUUUAUGGAUCUUUUGAAGGGAUAGUCUGGACCAUUUCAUGUAGUAUUUGUGCAUCUCUCAGAAUAGAGUUUUUGUACUUAUUGUAUGUCCUGUUUCUUCACCAAAGUUAUAAUUUCCUCAUAUUCAUCGGAUAUAUCUAAAAUGUAUGUAGACCUGUGGAUUUGCUUGUAAAAUCUAUAUGAUAAAGUAAUAAAUAUGAAAUGAAACCAUAGUAAAGUGUUUUUUUUUCC